AUGGAGGUGUCGGGCUCGCGACCUCGGGUGCGAGACGCGUCACCGAUCCUAGGUUUAUCCGAUAAUAUGUCUCGACCAGCAUCGUCCAAGUCCGCUCGCAUACGAGACGUAGAAAUGCAUCGAGAGGUCACAACCACUGUUGAGCCCUCACCCAGUAUCGGCCAGUUUUCGUUCGCCCCGGCUACCCGCACCACCGUUGUCACCACCACCACAACGACCACCACCAACUUUCCCCCGCUCAUCCUGAAUCCUCCACGCUCAGCUCGCGAACUGAAUCCCAAGUUAUACCCUCUUGCUGCAUAUCCCACUCCGGCCGCUCUACGAAAAUUCCAGUUUGAACUCGAUGGCCAGUCGGUGAUCUUCAAUGAACCAGAAGAUACCGAUGCCGCUAUAAACGAGUUAAACGAACAGCAUGCCGCUUUGAGGUCGUCCAAGGGUGUACUCACAUCGGUCGCAGGCUAUGACGGUCCCAAUCAGAAUACCUCUGUUCCCUAUCCCUCGAAUACAGCAGUAACCAGACGUCGAGCUGUCUCGCCAUUCAAAUAUCCCGACACAUCAGGCAGACGUACACGCUCUUUAAUGGUUCCUUCAGAUUCACGUGGCACCCCGUCGCAGCAGAGAAAGAGUCGCCUGGGUGGCAUUGCCUCCGCCACGAAUUCGUCAGUGGCCGGCCUGGCCACCCCUGAAACCGAAACAACUCGUUUCCGUCUUGAUCAACAUGUUGCUUUGAGAAAGCGUCUGCAUACUGAGAAAGCAGGACAGUUGGUAACCUCUGCUACAUCCUAUCAAGGCGACGUUGAUGUUUCCCAGACCUCAUCUCCCAGCCAGUCAUUCGCUUCAAAACCCCGUGUUAAACGUCAGAACUUGGUAGAGGCAACACCAGCACUUGAGCAUCAGCCGGGCUCUAUGACGCUUGUCUCCUCGGACUAUCAUGACCAAGAUCCCCAGUCUGGUACAGAAGACGACGGGUCUGCUGAAACCCUGGCCGCAGGUAAUGAAGGCACGCAAGAGUCGCAGCCAUGUCAACAAACAGUUCCAACUAGUCUGUCUAGUCAUGAUUCAGUGCUUGGCCAGGACAUGUGCCUUCCCAGCCCAAGUCUAUCUCCAGUGACCGCCAUGAAUACUCACAACCCGGAUUACUUCCUCGAGUUUCCUGAUGACCAAGGAACAGAUACCGACUCCAGCUUGGACAAUCACAUACCUGUUCUAUCCAACUCCCUUCGGCAAAAGACGAUGCACGACGCGUCGACUAGUCAACGUUCCAUGAACGCGAACGCUAUCCAGUCACGACCGACGUCUUUGAUGGAUAUCCCAGCCACGCUAGAAUUCUUCGAAGCCAUACCAGACGAGAUGAAGACUUACAUGAUGUAUCAACUAUUGAAACGUUGCCCCAAACCCACUUUGCAAUUUGUGGCCGAUACUGUCAACCCUGCAUUGAAGUGCGAUUUCUUGGCUCUUUUACCCGCAGAGUUGACCCUCAACAUCGUGAAAUACUUCGACUACCAGACUAUGUGCCGGGCAUCUCAGGUUUCAAAGAAAUGGCGACACAUCCUCAACUCCGAUGAACGAGCCUGGAAAGAGUUGUUUGAGAGGGAUGGCUUUCAGCUCCCACCUGGAGAGCUUCAGCAAGCCAUUAGAGAAGGGUGGGGCUGGCAGUUCCCUAACGGAUCGGAGGACUGGGAAAGGGAUCUAUCUUUAAGCCUCAAGAACGAUUCCGACUUGAGUCAAACAUCGCACGCUCUUUCGUCGAGUUUCAUGUCUAACGCACUUUCUCUGGAUUCUGUUUCCCCUCGUCGUUCAAAAAGGAAGGCCACCAAUAAAACUCCGACUCGAAAGAUUGCUAGACGGAAAUUGCUGUCAUCUCGCAGGGCUGAAUCCCCCGUCUCGGAUUCUUUAGACUGGGUAAACGAGGUAUCAGUCCUUGAGGGGCCCGCUGCCGCUGCCAAUGCUGCAGCCAUUGCUAUCCCCUAUCCUGAUGUUGGCCUGAGCUCACUCCGUAGUUUGCAUCUUUAUAAGUCGCUAUAUCGCCGCCACUUGGCCAUCCGACAAGGCUGGAUGCGUCCCGACUUGAAGCCAAAGCAUCUGGCUUUCCGUGCUCAUGAUCGCCAUGUCGUCACAUGUCUUCAAUUUGACUCGGAAAAGAUCCUCACUGGCAGCGAUGACACCAAGAUCCAUGUUUACAACACCAAAACUGGGGCAUUGAGAUCUGUUCUCGAAGGCCAUGAAGGUGGUGUUUGGGCUCUGGAGUACCACGAGAAUACACUUGUUUCCGGAUCUACGGAUAGAUCGGUGCGUGUGUGGGAUAUUGAGAAGGCCAAGUGCACUCAGGUAUUCCAUGGCCACACAUCCACUGUACGGUGUCUGCAGAUCUUGCUUCCCGCUGAAGUCGGAAAGAAUCCAGAUGGAUCUUCAAUUAUGAUGCCUAAGGAGCCUCUUAUCAUUACGGGAUCGCGCGAUUCGAAUCUGCGGGUUUGGAAGUUGCCGAAGCCUACCGACCCAUACUAUCUUGAUGCUAGUUCACAUGCUGAGGACACGGACUGUCCCUAUUUCUUACGAACUCUAUCGGGCCAUCAAUAUUCAGUACGAGCCAUCGCGGCACAUGGCGAUACUUUAGUUUCUGGAAGCUAUGACUGCACUGUUCGAGUAUGGAAAAUUUCUAAUGGUGAAUGUAUGCAUAGACUACAAGGCCACACGCUCAAAGUCUACAGUGUCGUUCUGGACGUGGAGAGGAACCGUUGUAUUAGCGGCUCUAUGGAUAACAUGGUUAAAGUUUGGUCGUUGGAUACUGGCGCCUUGCUCUACAAUCUUGAAGGUCACACUUCACUUGUGGGCCUCUUAGAUCUCAAGGGUGACCGUUUGGUUUCUGGCGCGGCUGAUUCAACCUUGCGAAUUUGGGACCCAGAGAACGGCCAGUGCAAGAACAAUUUGACUGCUCACACCGGAGCCAUCACCUGCUUCCAGCAUGACGGCGAAAAGAUCAUAUCUGGAUCUGACAGAACACUCAAGAUGUGGAAUGUACGAUCGGGCGAGUGCGUCAAGGACCUCCUUCGAGACCUUAGUGGCGUAUGGCAAGUGCGGUUCAAUGAUCGCACUUGUGUAGCAGCUGUUCAGCGAGACGGCAUGACUUAUAUUGAGGUUCUCGAUUUUGGUGCUUUUCGAGAUGGUCUCCCUGAAUACCGACUUGGUAAACGCAUACUAGUGGACCGCUUUGGUUUUCCCGUUGACAACGACGACGAUGAGGACGAUUUUGACGGGACAGAAUAAGUGGUACGACACCAAGUAUCUCUUGUAUACGAGCCGAAUCCGUCGAGCAGUCGAUGAUUCGGCAGGAUCUCAACAUACCAAUGAUACCCCUUUCAUGACACAAACUUCUUUUAAUCUUGCGGGUUUGCAUUAUUGCAUAGCGUGGGCGGUAUUACUCUCUUUCAUAUUUCCAUAUGGCAUCUUUUAUUGGCAGGUGUUCGGAUUGGUUCGGGCUUGAGCAAAGUUACGACAUGCGACGUUUUCCGAUAUCCUCGAGGUCUGUCGAGCAUUUUCUGCUGAUUACAGGCAUCAUUUAUUUUAUUUUGUCUAUGGGCAUAGCAAGAGGACUGGAGUCUUUCAUCUUACAUUUACGAUAUGUUUAUGUGUAUUCAUUCAUUUUUCCUGUAUUUCCCAUGCUUUUCUCUUUUUCUUCAGCAUUUUCAGCUGUGUAUUUGCAAUCGACGGGGGGGUGCGACUCAAUUAUAUCAAGUGUAUUGAUGUAUGCAAUUUACAAAAGCAUGAACAAACAUGUCAUCUU